UUGUGAUGUCAUCCUUCUCGGCUCCACCGCCCUAUAUAUACGAAGCUGUAGAGGAGUCAGGAAAUUUAGUCUCUUCGAUUCAGUUCAACUCAAUCCCUAUCCAAACCACUCCACCCCCACAGAUCGCGGCAGCAGGCGUCUUCUCCGGCGGCCGGCGCGGUGCAGAGAUUUUUUCAGUAUGAAGGGCGCAGAACUCUUGACCUUGCUGGUGGCGUCGUUUCUGUGCCUGUCUGCUGCGAUUGCUGCGCAGGAGACUUGCCCGGCUGACCUGGACGCAAAGUGCGGGGAUGGGGCUUCUGAUGACUGGGAGGGCGAGUUCUUCCCUGGCAUUCCCAAAAUUAAGUAUGAGGGUCCAACCAGCAAGAAACCGCUUUCUUACAAGUGGUAUAACGCGGAGGAAGUGAUUCUCGGAAAGAAAAUGAAAGAUUGGUUGCGGUUCAGCGUGGCCUUUUGGCAUACAUUCCGUGGCACUGGAGGAGAUCCUUUUGGUGCCCCUACAAAGGUUUGGCCUUGGGAAGAUGGCACAAAUUCUUUGGCCAUGGCUAAGCGAAGAAUGAAAGCUCACUUUGAGUUCAUGGAGAAGCUUGGAGUUGACAGAUGGUGUUUCCAUGAUAGGGAUAUCGCCCCUGAUGGCAAAACACUUGCGGAAACAAAUGCUAACUUGGAUGAGAUAGUUAAGCUGGCAAAGCAACUCCAGGGUGAGACCAACAUAAAGCCAUUGUGGGGGACUGCACAGCUUUUCAUGCAUCCACGUUACAUGCACGGAGCUGCUACUAGCCCAGAGGUCAAAGUGUACGCCUAUGCUGCUGCUCAAGUGAAGAAAGCUUUGGAGGUUACUCACUACCUAGGCGGUGAAAACUAUGUAUUCUGGGGUGGAAGGGAGGGUUACCAGACUCUUCUUAAUACCGAUAUGAAGAGAGAACUGGAACAUUUGGCUAACUUUCUUCAAGCUGCUGUUGAUCACAAGAAGAAGAUUGGCUUUAACGGAACAUUGUUGAUUGAGCCUAAACCACAAGAACCAACAAAGCAUCAGUAUGACUGGGAUGUUGCAACUACAUUCUCUUUCCUUCAGAAGUAUGGUCUUACAGGAGAAUUCAAGAUAAAUGUCGAGUGCAACCAUGCUACUCUCUCUGGCCAUAGUUGCCAUCAUGAGCUUGAGACUGCACGCAUUAAUGGUUUGCUUGGAAACAUUGAUGCAAACACUGGUGAUCCCCAAGUUGGUUGGGACACAGAUGAGUUCCUUACAGAUAUUUCAGAGGCUACUUUGGUUAUGUCAAGUGUAGUUAAGAAUGAUGGGCUUGCACCUGGUGGCUUCAACUUUGACGCUAAAUUGCGGAGGGAGAGUACUGAUGUUGAGGACAUGUUUAUUGCUCAUAUCUCAGGGAUGGACACCAUGGCUCGUGGCCUCCGCAAUGUUGCGAAGCUGAUUGAGGAUGGUUCCCUGGAUGAGCUUGUCCGUAAGCGUUACCAAAGCUUUGAUACUGAGAUUGGUGCCAUGAUUGAGGCCGGGAAAGGAGACUUUGAAACACUAGAAAAGAAGGUCUUGGAGUGGGGUGAACCCAUUGUUCCAUCUGGCAAACAGGAACUGGCUGAGAUGCUGUUCCAGUCUGCUCUAUAGAUGGCGCAAAGUCCAUAAAUCUGGAAUAAUCACAAGCACAUCUUCAGAAUGCGCAGCUGCCCUUGUCGUUACUCGCUACGGGCAAUGUUCUUAGUUAGUCUUCCAUGCAUCGAACCUUGUAACAACCGCGUGGAACUGAAAUAAUGACAUGUGUAAAUUAUCAGAAUCAAACUUGUUCCUCCAUUGCAAUGCAACACGGAAUCAAACUGAAAUUCGUCAGAAC